CGGUACCAACGGCAAUGGUCAAUGACAAGGAACACCUGGAGGCCUAUACCAGAUCUCGUAGAACGGUUAAACGGUGAAUAGACAGCUGAGAAGCCUGCCGCAAGAUCUUCAACUCUCUCGGAAUAGCAGUUAGUUGGAUGUGGCCUUCCCAUCACCUGCCUUCCCCGCGGUUUGAGCAUUUCCCGCGAACUCAACCAAACCACAACCUACAUGGCCAGCCACACUACUCAACCUCAAUCAGCAAACCAACCAGCUCAAAAAAGCACAGUCGCUCUCUUUUCUCGUUCUCUUCGUCAGCAGUCUCCGCUCUGGAACACCACGGCGCGUAUCUUGUCGCAAAACGCAGGAUGGGUAGUGAGAGGUAAACCUAGGACCAAGGCAAUGAGCAUUGGGUAGGAAGAAGCAGCUCAUGGAUGACAUAGAUAUUGAGGUCACGCCUACUACGCCUGGCGUAAGUAUAGCUGCCAGAAAUGGACCCACGACUGACAACGUGGCGUGCUCACAGGAUGUCACAAUCCCAUCAACGCCGUUUUCGAUUAUUUGUCAACAAAGCAGCAUGACUACCCAGCAUACACCUCCAAACAACGCUUCAUCCGGCGAUGACUUCGUUGUCCUGAUUGAGCGCGUCGAGCAACUUCUCUCCCGUUCACGCACUCCUGUCAUCCUGGUUAUCUCUCCCAACAUCAACGACUUCCUCAAUAUCCAAUUGCGACUCGUGAACACCUUCUCCGAGCAAAUAUCCGUCCUUCCGGCAUUCACCCCGGACGACGCAGUCACUGCUAUCAAAGUCCUAGUUACAGGCUACCACUCUGGUCUUCAAAACAAUAGAUCACCUCAUGCACCCAAUCCGCUCGGUCUCAUCUCACAGAUGACGACGCACCCACCGCUCGUAGAAUCCGCUACCUACAUGCUCCACGACAUGUUUCCUUCCAUUGCGGAUAUUGCCAACGCUACGGUACAGGAUAUGGAGGUGCUUGGUAAAAGGGAUGCUCAUGUGGUUGUCGGGUUUUGGGAGGAAGAUUGGGUGUUUGGGUAGCGUUGGUGAAUGUGGUAUUGCGGAACUUUCUAUGGGAAUGGACGAUGAGGUGGGACCAAUAUGGCAGAUUUGAAAUAUGACACAGCAAACAGGAGAGUUGUGAUGGGUAUAGAAGUGCAC